UGUGUGAAAAUCUUCGGAGACUGACCACCAUAGGCAAAUCCUUCAAGUGUCUCAGUGUCAAAGGAAUCAGUGCAUAUGACAGUGAAGCAUGCCACCAAAAUGACAGAUAGUACCAGAUUUCCUUGACCUUCGCGCAUUAUGUUGAAUAUGUUCUUGACUAUGGCAGAAUUUUAAGAUAUAGUGCAGAAUGAGUCUAAUGUAAACAAAGUUACCAAACACACACACACACCCAUACACACCUGGUUCGAGUACCGGGCGCGGCGAGGCAAAUGGGUGAGCCUUUUAGUGUGUAGCCCCUGUUCACCUAGCAGCAAGUAGGUACCGGAUGUAACCCAAGGGACUGUGGCCUCGCUGUUCUGGUGUGUGAGUGGUCUCAGUCCUACCCGAAAAAUCAGUCAGUACGACCUGUAAGCUCUUUCCGUAGGGGAACGGCUGGCUUUGUGACCUGCAGAUGACCGCAAGUGAAUAACACACAAUUCCUAAUGUUCUUUUGCUUGAUUGGUUACUCGUAUUUUGUAUAUUGCAUCAGUUUUACCUGUUUACAGUGAGGAAGAUGAGGAGGAGGAAGAGGAAGAAGAGGAGUUUGAUGAGGAGGCGUACUUGGAGGCGCAGCGGAAAGCCCUGGAGGAGGAACAGUUGAUGGAAGCUUUGGCACUGCUGGAGACACUCACACAGCUUCCUGAGAAGUCCAGUCUCAAGUGGACACCUCACCACAAGACUCUGGCCACCAGCUUCCUCAGGGAAGCUGCAGAGGUCAUCCUUUGCUGCUAUUUGGUCAGGAUUGGUGGGAAGGCCCGGCUGGCAGUGAGCCUCAACCUGCCGGUGAGUCCUGUGGGUGUGGUGUGGUACUUUCUCAAGCUAGACACAGAGAAGCAUAUCACCGCUUCCAACUUCAAGAGAUGUGUGUGCUAUGGUACUGUGGACUCUGACGACCCUCAUGAAAUGAAUCACUUUCUGCUGGAGGUGUACCAAGCAGUGCUGCUGGCUGUGCCUGCUGCACCACCCGUGUUUGGCCAUUACCGUGAGCUGGCUGGACUGCCAUGCCUCAUCAACCUGGUGGGAGGACAGAUGGUGCAACAUGUUGGGGCCGCCACAGACAAGCCAAUGGUUUACCUGCCUCCAGAAGUGCUAGCUCUGCCGGAUGACCCUGAGCAGCGUCGCCGCUUGCCACUGGACACUGGACUCCUUGCCAGGACUGAGGAAUUGGUGCUGCAUUGGGUGGAGCAGAUACAUGCCUUCUGUUUUGAUCACGGUGAUGCCUCCUCCCCCUUGGAACUGGGCCUUCUGCAUGAGAUCAGGCAACUUUCCUGGAAGAAAGCCAUGGUUCAUCAGCUCUUGACAGCAUUAGAAGCUCCAGAGGUGGCCAAGGCACUGGAUUACUUGCACACACAGAGCUCACCAACUUCUCUCCUCAUCACUCAUGCUAUUGAUACUCUCAAGGAGGUGCAGCAACAGCAGGAGGAGACAAGUGGACAGCUAGUGCACCUAGAGGGACCACUGGAGCAGCUGUACACUGACUCUGUGCAGGCACUGACAGAACACAUGUAUGAUGUUUUGGCGCUGCUCAGGAUAAUUUGGAUCAACUCCCACUACUACCACCAGCCGGAAGUCAUGACAGAGGUGUGUGUACGAGUGUCAUGGGAAGUGACCCGAGCAUGUCAAGUACACCUGCCCCUGGAUGACCUCUUCUCCCCUAUAACCAAGGGCGCCAACACCAAGGCCUCGGGUGGGAAUGGCAAGGACUCCCUCUCACUGGUGGAGAGUGCCAUCAAAUGCUGCAAGGAGUGGAGGAUGUGUUAUGUUGAGCUGGCCACACACUUUGGGGAGGAGGACAGCCCUGAGGUGUGGCUGCCAGACUCUGCCUCAGUGUUCCUGCCAGUAGAGCUGUUUGUCAGUCGCUGUGAAGACCUCAAGUACAUUGGCCUCAGCAAAGUGCAGCUCACUAGGUAA